AUGACGCAGCCCACAGCGCGUGCAAACGGCCCUCCCGUGGCCGCACAACAAGUCAGCAGCGGUAAUGCCCUUGCGCUGCCCUCGCGCUCCGCCAAGGAGGGCGGGUCACUUUCUGCAGCAAGCUUCAUGACCGCGAAGCCGAUCCAGUCGUACCCUCGAUCAGCACAGCCACCAGGAAGCUUCACUUCAGAACUGAGGUCUUUCACCUCGAGACUGGACCUCACGCGCGCCAAUAGCUAUGGAGGGAAUGAGGAUGGCGCGAAUGAUCCAGCCACAUCGGAGCUGCGACAGGCCGAAUAUCGACAGGAAAUUGAGAAGCAUACACGACUGAAGGCAGGGACGGAGAACCUCUUGGAGGCACUCAAUUCCAAGAAUGCCAAAAAGUCGCGAGAUCAGCGUAUGGCAGCCGAGAGCCAACUCAAUACAUCGAAUCGGAAGAUUGCCCAGCUGAGACUGGACUUGGAGGCUGAGAUCCAACGGAGCAAAGAGCAGCCGAUAAGUCCCAAGGGAAGGUUGUCCCAAUUGUUCCGAAUGCCGCCACUUCAGCCAAAGGUCGAUCAGCUUCAAUCACAACAUGAGGAAGCCGAGCAACAGGAUCCCGAGUUGGAGUCGCCCACGUACAUCCUUGCGGAGAUAUUGCAAGCACUGGAGGUGGCGGACAUGCAGCCGGAUUACUAUGUCAAUCAGGCCAAUGAUCUGGUCGAACUCUUCCGAAGGCAUCCGACGUUGAAAUAUGAUCUCGCAUGGUCAAUCUUUGGCCUUCGCAUGCAAGUGAUGCUGCUCAGUGACAGUCGAGRGGUUGUCGCUGCAGGAUAUCGUGUCAUUCGAUAUGCAAUCACGGAUCGCAAGUCGCUCCAGACCAUUCGGUCACUUCAGACCGAUUACCUGGUCAUACUGUCACUGGUAAAGGAGAGCAAGGCUCGUGUGGAGCGAGAGCAAGCUCUGAAAUUCGUCAGGGCUUUUCUCGAUGUCAAGGAUGGCGCUCAUGAAAUUCAUCCAGCGGUUGCCCGCAUCAUAGUCGCAGUGGCAGACCAUUCGGAUGAUCAGCUUCGCAGUAUCGCAAUUCUCACUUUGGCAGAAUUGCUUCUCAAAGAACCGAAGUUGGUGAUUAAUGCUGGUGGCAUUGGAGUUCUUGCCGAAGCCAUGGGAAGUGGUGUCUAUCAUGCGCCGGAGACAUUACUCGGGCCGCUUCUGCACUUGAUGGACCUCCCAGCUAAGAGAGGCAUGCUCCGAUCCGGGUACGAGUUCAGUUCAGCAUUCGCUACCUUCACGGAGCCUCACUCUUCACAUUCCAUUGACGAGAAACUCGCGGCCAGUUCAAGGGUCAUUGCGGGCAUGUUCAAGAGCUGGUCGGGCCUCAUGACUCUUGCGCUGCACGAUUUCUUGCCAGUGCGCUCUGUGGUAUCUUCUCUCUACAUUGGCGAAUUGAAAGUUCGCAGUGCGACUCUGGACUUGCUGAUGGACAUACUUCGGCUAGAAAAGCGUUCUUGGUCGACGCCUUUCAUCGGUGGCCGCCGGCUGACCACGUAUGCGCGUGUUGCCACACUCAAUAUUGAAAAGGAGGCUACCAGUGAGUCUGCGAGCUCAGACAGCAACAGCCACAAGCGGAAUCUAGUGCAGCAUUUCGUCGCUGUAGCGUUGGCUGUACUGCUCAGACAAGGCCUUAUGGAGGCACUUCUCCAUGCCGAGACAGACUCUCCGACUGAUGCACUUAGACGGCGAACAAGUCUCGUCAUUGCAGAAGUGCUGAAGAAGGCGAGCGAGUUGCUUCCCAGUUGCUGGAGCGCACAAAUGCAGACCAUGCCGGGACUGUUCGAUGCGUCCUUGAGGUUUGACAGCGACGAGAGAUAUCGGGCUCUGUCUACAGUGUAUCAGGUGGAUAAGGUUAACCUGAAAUUGUGGCGCUCAGACCCCCCAAACAGCUCCUACUCGCAGGCAAAGGAGCAGGCAGAUACCUCUCGAGCCCGUUCUGGCUCAAAAACACAGGUCAAUGCAAACAUGGACGAGGUGCUGUUCCGUGCAAAGAUUCUCGAGACCGGCGUUCUCAAUUCAGUCAACUACAUCAAGUGGGAUUGGACAAUCAUUCUUGAAAUCAUCGAAGGGCCUCUUGCCAAUCCCAAGCUCUUAUCAGAGGCGCUGGAAAAGUCCAAGUUCGUUCAUCGUCUGCUGAAGUUUCUGAGACCGUUCCAAUUCCGGUUUUCAGAUGCUUCGAAUACCAAAGCAAAUCAGCGCUACGUCAAAAUGGCUUGCACUUUGGCAAAGACGCUUUUGCAAACAGGAGAAGGUGCCACCUAUCUCAUGAACAACAAGACCGUACGGCAACUUGCAGAGUGCCUCGCUCAACUGGACUCUGCGAGCGGCAUCACUUCCAAAAACCCGAUGUUCUCACCCGAACGCCUUACGGAAACUCUUGUCGGCGGCUAUUWUGCUAUGCUCGGGGUGAUGUGUAGCGACCCAAAAGGCCUACAAAUUCUGGAAAAGUGGCACAUCAUCAACAUGUUCUACCACAUCGUGGAACUGAAGCACCGAGACGAUCUCAUUAGGUGUCUAUUGACUCAUCUUGACUACACACUCGACAGCCACCCUCGCAUCAUCCUAUCCAAAGCCAUGGUUGCAGGAUCAAAGCACAUGCGUACAAUGGCAACAAGAAUCCUUCGAAAGUACGCCAUUGAGCCCAUUGAGCCUUCGGUACUGGGAGGAUGUGCGGCAUCAUGGGCGAUCAAGCUACUUGUUAGCCAAUUGUACGACCCGGAGAUUGAGGUGUGCGAGGUGGCGAUCAAGAUUCUCGAGGAAGCCUGCAACGAUAUCAACUCGCUGGAGUACGUCGUUAAAUGUAGACCUGCACUCGAUCAUUUGGGUGAGAUUGGUGCACCUUUAUUGCUACGCUUCCUAUCAACAUCAGUUGGGUACCAUUAUCUUGACGGACUGGACUACAUUACCCGGGAGAUGGAUGACUGGUUCCUUGGUCGCAACGACAGCUACGUCACGGUCGUUGAAGCAUCUCUAGCCCGGGCUCUCUCAGACCUGCCGGAGAAGCCACAGUCUUCGGCUCUCGAGGAGACGAUGGGCCCUGCCGAUUUCGGUCAUGUACCGCCGCACUUUUAUCGUGAGCUCACUCGCACUGCCGAGGGCUGCGAGCUGCUGAAGGCUAAAGGCCACUUCGAGGAAUUUACCGCAACGAUUCAGGACUUUGCUAUGGAAGAUGAAGACCCGGAGAUCAUUCUCAAGGUAAAAGGCUGCCUCUGGGCAGUAGGGAAUGUUGGGUCUAUGGAGCUUGGCGCGCCAUUCCUUGAGCACACGGAUGUGGUCAAAUACAUCGUUCAGAUCGCCGAAUCGUCUCAAGUCAUGACACUGCGCGGGACCGCAUUGUUCGUUUUAGGCUUGAUAUCUCGCAGCUUGCACGGCCAGGAGAUUCUCGCAGAGCAUGGCUGGGAUGGUACUGUCAACGUGAUGGGCGAAAGCUUGGGCUAUGUUUUACCACUGGACUUCGACAAGCUCUUUUCCCUCCAGCCCUUUGCUGCUGCUUUCAAGCCUAACGCGGCCAUGAUUCGAAGUCGUCCGGGCGCUAUUGAGGACAGCGAUGCGACCAAUGUGGCCGUUCUGAACUCCAUCACUAAGUUGGGGAACACUGUUCUCACGAACAAGGCGAUUGGAGAGCUCAACUCGUUCAAGCACAAAAGGGUACCGGGCUUCCAGCAACCAAUGCUUUUCAGGAAAGUCAUGAUAUUGCUGGCGAGUCACCAGUACAGGAUUCCGCAGUAUCGGUUUGUGAUCGAUUUGUUCGACAAGACUGUAUUGAGGAAGAUUGUGCUGGAGGAGGACGACGAUGACGACGAUGACGAUGACGACGAUGAUGAUAACGAAGAGGAAGAAGCUGAUGAAGACGAAUCUAUGGACGAUGAGUGA